AUGGCUCCGACCGGCUCAGGUGCGCUCCUCUCCCGCAGGAACAUCAAGCUGGACUCCUUCUUGAAGCGGAACACGGAGCGGCGGGUGUACGAGCGGAUCCGAGCCUGCGAGCCGUGCGUGGUGAUAUCCGAAGCCGUCAACAAGGUGUACAUGCACGCGGUGCUGAGUGAUGAGUGCGUGUACCUGACCGAAUACCCGCCACGCACGCUCACCGUCGCUGUUACCUUCAGGCGCGUGCGUGACAUCGAGCUGGUAAAGGACCUUCCAGAUUUCCUCAGCGGGAAGGACCGGGAACGCUGCCAGCACAUACGGAUCACCUACGUCACUGAGCAGCCUGCUGCGGGGGGACGCGAUUGGCUGAGGAGAGACAGGAGGGCGGGACUUCCUCCUGCAGCUCCGUCCUCUCGCAGAAUCAGCCACUGCCCGGCAAUACCGCACAACUUAGAAGGAUAUCCUGCACACGGUGAACAGAUCACAGAGGAGAUUCACGUAUUAAAGUCCACGCGGUCCGCUUCCUGUCCGAACCCAGAGACUCUGGGGCUCCCGAGGGUCCCGCACCCUCCCAGCCAGCCUCCCUCUCUCUACUCCGCUGCCAGCUCUCCCACCUCUCCUCUGUCUCCCUCCGAUCACAGACUGAACUGGAGGACUGAGCCUGGCCAGGUACCGAGGAGGAUCGGCUCAGUUCUGUCUCGUCUGUUGAGAAGAGACUGUGUGGACAGCAGAGAGCAGCGGGAGGCCGAGCUUCAUCUUUACGUCGUAUCACAGACGUCCAGACUUUACCUCCAUCUGCAGAGCUCCUGGAACAGCUUCAUUAUCAAGUCCACUCUGUUGUUAGAUCCGCUCUACAUGAGAAGGUGCAGCACUGCGUCUGACUCGUCUCCUGGGAAACAACUUCCUGCCAUCAGCUUGGAGAGGACGGCUCACCUGUUUGGUCAGCUGAGCUCUGAGCUCCUGCAGGACGGGAUCAGUGUGGAGAGUCUCUAUCUGCUGCUACAGGAGCUGAAAACUGCAGCUCAUCGAAACGCCGCGCUACGCAGAGUCUUCUGGAGGUCCAGUGAGGUUUGUGCCUUCCUGGUUCAGACUCUGGAGGAAUCUCUGCACGGCUGUCAGAGCCUCAGCGGAGCCUACACAGCCGAUCAGCUACUGUUGAGCACGCUGAUCGUCCAGACGCUCGCUGUCAUGUUCAGAGAGACGGAGGUCGAACCAGCCAGACUCAGCCUGCUCUCCGCCAAAAAAGGUGCUUUGGCCUCCAGAAUGCUGCUUGCCUUGAUUUGUGAUCCAGAGCCUCAAACACAGAACCAAGAGUCUCUUGUGAAUGACUGUGAGACCUUACUAGCUGAGUAUCUGGAUGCUGCCUGCUCACUUCUCUUUGAGCUGCUGCUUUUAGGCCACGAGGCCAGCAGGUGUGCCUCUGCUGACAACUUCCUGUGUGUUGGCUGGAUCCUCCGAGUCCUGCAGCCUCAUCCUCACCUGCUCUCGUUCAUUGGUCACCAGGCUCAGCAGGUGGUGCAGGUUUUCUCAGACCCGCAGGAUUCAGUUCUGAGUCCUCCUCAGUCUGUCCUGCUCUUCCAGCGCUGUCGCCUCCUGCUGGCCUGCCUGCAGUACAACAGCCAGCUGACACAGCACCUCCAAGCCCACUUCAGAGAGGAGUUCAGGUACUUUGUGAAGCUGCCGUGUGCGGAGGAGAAACUGCCGGCUCACUAUCCGAUCAGCCAGCCGACUCUACGACUGGUGGAGCAGAUCCUGACUCUCAUCCUGCACAGAUGA